AUGGCAGACAAGGUAACUAACAUUACUUUUGAGGAAGGGAUCGUCGAUUCCAAGUACAUGAAACCUGUGCGGAUGCUGUUUGAACGGGUAAGGUAAAAUAAUUUACAUAAAAAUGUCAUCGGAUGCAAUUUUAAUUACAAUGAUUUCAUACCUACAACAAUAUAAGUUAGAAGUUAUAAAAAACGAUUUAAAAUUUUAAUUUACAGAACGGCUUAACGUUAAUCUGGGACAUGGCGUUUGAAAACGACAGUGUAUCGAUCGUGCUGUAUAAUACGACUCUGAAGAAGGUAAUGUUGGUCAAGCAGUUUCGACCAGUUGUUUUUGUUCGAAAUGUUUUGCGUUUACCUGAAAACAAGGGAAAGUCAUUGAAAGAUGUCGACUUUACAACGUACGACAUGGCCAUCGGUGAGAGUAUCGAGUUGUGUGCUGGGAUCGUAGAUAAACCUUUGAGUUUGGAGGAGAUCGCUAUGGAAGAAGUGUUGGAGGAAUGUGGCUACAAGGUCGAGGAUCUGGAGUUGGUCAAAAGUUUUGUGUAGGGUUACUUUGCUAUUUUUCAGCCUUUUUUUCUUUAUUUUUGUUUUGAUAUCAUAUUUUGUUUAACAAUGACGUCUUUUUUCAGGGAUGGAGUAGGUAUCUCUGGAGCUGAACAUACCAUUUUCUUUGGCACAGCUUCAGAAGAACAAAAGGUGUCAACUGGAGGUGGAAACAAAGACGAAGGAGAGUUUGUUGAAGUUGUAAGUAUUUAUCUUGGAUAAUUCUAAAAAUAUUUUGUAAACUCAAAUAUAAAAAGCUAAAUAUUUUGUAAAUUAUGACAUUUUCAGUUGUACCUAACCGUUGAUGAGGUGAAGGAUUUGUUGAAAACAAUCCACAACACUCCGCCCAGUCUUCUGUUUGGACUGUCAUGGUUUUUAAACGAAAAGCAGGCAUUAUAUCAAUCUUGA